AUGGAGCCGCAAUUAUUCGAUCGGCUUGCGCUGAAGUGGGGAGAGCCGUUAGGGAGAACGCUGUGGACUGAUGUAGACAACUUCACGGACGUCGCAUACAAGUUGGAGUACCUCGCCAGCGAUGAAAGUCAGCCCGCCCGAGUUGUUUGGACGCCAGUUAACUGCCAUCAACCAGAAGCCGUCGCGAUCAUUAUUCCCUUCCGAAACCGAUUUGUUAAUCUAUCUGUCUUCGCCAACCAUAUGCAUCCUUUUCUGCGACAUCAACAUCGACGAUAUACGAUUUACGUGAUUGACCAGGUCAAGCCAGAAAUAUUCAAUCGUGCAGCACUGCUAAAUAUCGGAUUCCGGGAGGCCAUCAAAGCAGCCAAUUAUUCUUGCUUCAUUUUCCACGAUGUUGAUCUCCUACCCGAGGAUGACAGGAUGAUUUACGGGUGCGAGGAUCGUCCACUUCAUAUGUCUGCAACAAUUGACAAGUUCAAUUACUCACUGUUCUACAAGACUUCAUUUGGUGGGGCGGUGGCACUGACACGAACGCACUUCGAGAAAACGCGCGGAUAUGCAAAUACGUACUUUGGGUGGGGCUGUGAAGAUGAUGACAUGUACAGGCGACUCAAAUUCUCCAACCAGACUAUGAUGAGACGCAAUUUCACCUUUGCUCGCUACAAGAUGAUGAAGCAUCCCAGAGACGAUGGAAACGAAGAAAACCCACAGAGGUAUUGA